CCUCCUCCUCCUCUUGCCUGGGCUUUGGAGAGCCGAGAGCGCAGUCUGGAGCGGCUCCACGCCUUCUGCCCGGCGCGCCUUGGGCUGCCUUUGCCUCUUGGCGGCGAUGCUGGCGGGGGGAUGCGCCUGAACUUCUCCUCCUCCUCCUUCCUUCUCAAGCCUCCUCCGGGACUUCUUCUCCCUCCUUAGGAUGCGGGCGCUGAACAUCACCCCGGCGCAGUUUGCGCGUCUCCUGCGGGCCCACAACGUGACCCGGGAGGAGUUCAUCGCGCGCUACGGGCUCCAGCCGCUGGUCUACAUCCCGGAGCUGCCGGGGAGCGCCAAGCUGGCCUUCGUCCUGACCUGCGCCCUCAUCUUCGCCCUGGCGCUCUUCGGCAACGGGCUGGUGCUCUCCGUGGUGGCCCGCCGCAAAGCCAUGCGCACCGUCACCAACAUCUUCAUCUGCUCCCUGGCGCUCAGCGACCUCCUCAUCGCCUUCUUCUGCGUCCCCUUCACCAUGCUCCAGAACAUCUCCAGCAACUGGAUGGGCGGUGCUUUUGCAUGCAAGAUGGUGCCAUUUGUCCAAUCUACUGCAAUAGUUACUGAGAUCCUCACAAUGACCUGCAUUGCUCUAGAAAGGCACAAUGGGAUUGUCCACCCACUCAAAAUGAAAUGGCUGUACACCAACAGAAGAGCAUAUACAAUGCUUGGCAUAGUUUGGUUCCUAGCAGCAAUCGUUGGGUCACCAAUGUGGCAUGUACAGCAACUGGAGAAUAAAUAUGACUUCCUUUAUGAAAAAGAAUACAUUUGCUGCUUGGAAGAAUGGGUCAGCCCAGUUCACCAGAAGAUCUAUGCCACUUUUAUUUUGGUCAUUCUCUUCCUCCUCCCAUUGAUGCUAAUGCUCUUGCUCUACACUAGGAUUGCUUAUGAGCUCUGGGUUAAGAAGAGAGUUGGAGAUGCUUCUGUUCUGCAAGCCAUUCAUGGGAAUGAGAUGUCUAAAAUAUCGCGGAAGAAGAAGCGAGCAAUCAUCAUGAUGGUAACUGUUGUAGUAUUGUUUGCCGUCUGCUGGGCUCCUUUUCACAUAAUGCACAUGAUGAUAGAAUACAGUAGUCUUGAAAGCAUGUACGAUGAUGUUACCAUUAAGAUGAUGUUUGGUAUCGUUCAGGUGAUAGGAUUUUCCAAUUCCAUUUGCAACCCCAUCGUGUAUGCCUUUAUGAACGAAAACUUCAAGAAAAACUUUCUCUCUGCAGUUUGUUUUUGCAUUAUAAAACAAACUCUGUCCUCAUCUAGACAGCGACGGGGAAAUGUGGAUAUCAUAAUGACACAACACAAAGAAGAUGCCUGUAGGAAAGAUCCAGUCUCCGAGAAGAGCAGAAGAGAAGCAUUUAGUGAAGGGAACAUCGAAGUAAAGUUCUGUGAGCAGCCUUUUGCAAAAAGGAACUCCAAGAGGCACCUUGGAUUUUUUGCAUCUGAACAUCAUGCUUCAUUGGAAUCCUAAUGGAAUGGAGACUUUGUUGGAUCCUUGUAUUGUAACAUAUUCAAAUAGUUAUAUCUUAUACAAGGUUCAACCUGUCCAGAAGCCUAAUUAUAGGCUUUCUGUCUUAUCAAACAAUGGGACGUUCUAUUCAUUGAAUUUCAGUUUAAUGCACGUUUCCAGCUCAGGGUACUAAUUUCAGAAUCCAUGAGUUUGGAGGGUACUUGCAAGAAUUGGGUUGGGACUUGGUCCUCUGUAGCAGCAGACAGAGCCUAUGAGCUCUUCUACACAGGCCUUAAAAUUUGGAAGUUACAGAGUUAAAAGGCAGGGGGUGGCUUAAAUGACACUAGCACUAAAUCAGUGCUGAUUUGCAUUAAUAGACAAAAAACAUGGGUUCCUGAUUCUGAACGGAAAAUGUGUAUAUUCGCAUCACUGUAUUUCCCUGUAGUCAUGCAAAACACAUGGGUUUUUUCUCUUCUUCCUGUGGAGACUGAUCCUGUGCACCUCCGUUUUUAAAAGCUCAAAACAGCUGAUCAGUGGAUUGGGCUGUCAAAUGGACACACAAGUGGCUCAAGCAAAUAGAACUCUCUGUAACUCUUUCUUUUAAACUUUAUAUCUUAAACAGAAGAUGAAUUAAUAAGUGAGGGAAGAAACAGAUAUGGCAGAAUGUUUUUUUAAAAACCUCUCUGUUAUGCUCAGAACAUAGUAUGUGUAUAUGUGAAUCUGCUUAUAUUUAUGUUGAGUUAUUCACAUAUGUGCAUAUAUUAUUCACAUUUCGAUCCACGGAACGAUUGGAAGAUGUGAUCAAAAACAUUAUUUUAGUGAUGAGACGCUGAGGACUUGUGUUGUAUGGUUUUUAUUGUUAUAUUGCCUUUAUAUGGUUUAUAUUAUGUGUAAUGUUUUAAACUGUAUUUUAUGUUGUUUGGGGACAUUGACUGCCGACUGUAAACUGCCUCGAGUCACCUUUGGGCUGAGAGGGGUGGUAUAUAAAUAUGGUAAAUAAAUAAAUAAAUAAAUAAAUAAAUAAAUAAAUAAAUGGUCCAGCACAUAACACAGUAAUUUUUUAAAAAAAAAAUCAGAUGGAUGUUCCCAGUCCACACUCUAUCUUGUUCUAAUACGGAAGAAGUCUGUGAGGAUGGCGGAGGACCCAAUCCCUAAUCCCGGGACUAACAGAUCUGUGUCAGGAUCUGCAGUCAGGUCCUGGGAUAUUUAACCCCCUCCCCCCCAUUUGAAACAUGGAUUUUGGCGCUGUCUGAAAGCACCCUAAAUUAGUCAAGGAUCAAAAUGGCCUGUUCUUUCAUCUCUUUGGCUUAGCACAAUACGGAUAUUGAUUUCUACUGCUGAGGUAAUGAACAUGAAAUCGUCCUUCCCUUUUGCCUUGUCAUUCCUUUUUUAUCUGAGGACCCACACAGAAUGACAGCUAUUUCUCAAGAUAAUAUCAAGACUUUGCUAGGCAAACUGUUUUUACAGUAGUUAACUUUGAAUACACUUGGAGAGUUGGUUUCUUAAUAGGUAGACAUUUCCCAGUGAUACUCAUGCACAUAUUAAGCAUAGACUACUGUAAAUUACGUUAAACUAGUUCAUAUUUUACCUAAAGUCUAAUUCUACAAUUCCAGAAUUUUCACUAGUGCUGUGUUCUGUGAUGCUUGACUUCACGUUGUUUCUUUUUCUGGGUUUAUCUGUCCAAAAUCUGUUCUUGUAUUGUUGAAAAUUGAUUAAAACUCUGCAUGCAACAUUCUUAAAGAAA